AUGAUCAGUGACAAUGCCAAAAUUGGAACAGGUCUAUUAGCUCUUGGAAUUGUCUUUCUCUUUCUGGGAGUCAUUUUCUUUUUCGAUGCUGCCCUACUUGCCCUUGGAGAUAUUCUAUUCCUGAUUGGUUUGACAUUGACCAUUGGCCCAUCCAGAACGCUUCGAUUCUUUUCCAGAAAAGACAGAAUCCGCGGAAUUGUUUCCUUCUUUGGUGGCAUUGUCUUGGUCAUGGUGCGUUGGCCAAUGUUGGGUAUGAUUUGUCAAUUGUAUGGUAUGGUCUAUUUGUUUGGACAGUUCUUCCCCAUUGCGGCUCAAGCAAUGCAGGAUACCCCAGUAAUUGGAGACAUUUUGAGAUAUCCAGCGAUAGAGAACUUUUUUGCCAGUUUUGGAGGCGGCAACAAUCGACGUGCACCCGUUUAG